CACAAUCGCGUUAAAAUCAACUUGAUCGACCUGUCAAUAAAUAAAAUAAAAAAUACAUAUCACACACACACACACCACACCGGUCGGCAAGUCGUCUUUCCAUCACAACCUAACCUUACCCAUCCAUCAACCACCAUCAACCAGUCAACGUGUCCAUCUCCGACCAUUAUCAUAUCAAUAACCGCACAAAAUACUGCAUGACUGCACCCAUCUGGUUAGAUACACUGCAACCUCGACCGCUCGCUCACCGUUCAUCGCCUCCGGGCUGAAAUCUUGGCGGAACCUGUCUAUCUAAUCUGAUCGACUCGAUCAAAAAUUCUCCGACGACAUCCAGCAUAGAUAGCAGUGACCGAAUUUCUUCUACGGACGAAGCGUUCCUCUACAAAGCCACGGCUAUCACGCAGCCACCUACGAUUAUCUACCACCUAUCAAGAGAAGGCAGUCUGACACUCGACGCCAUGGAUCGAGGCGAUUCCGUCAUCUUCGACGCCUUGCAAGGCAUCGUCCCCGAGCAAGCCCUCGAGCUUCUUCAAGCACACAUCCAAGACCCGACCACAACCCUGCAAGCCGUAUGGCGCCAAACCAGCGCCGUCCUGAACAAGCUCGGCACCGUGCUCUCGCCGCUCUUCGCGCCGAUCCUCGCCCGCGCCCUCCAAGCCCUGCACGACUCGCCCGACGUCGUGGUGCUCGCCUUCGUCCUCGGCACCUUCGUGCUCGUGCUGCAGAUCGUCGCCUGGGUGCACCGCACGAUGAUGUACAUGACGCGCCUGGCCUUCCGCAUGCUAGGUUGGGCCGUGGUCUUCGCCAUGCUGGCCGUGGUCUGGCGCCGCGGCCCCGAGGCCACCAUCCGCGAUGUUGUCGUCUUCGUCGGCAAGAUGGCCGGCUACGCCGCCCUCGUCAAGGACAUCUGGCUCAGCGAGUACAAGAAGUUCGACGCCCAGACCAAGCGCGGCGGCGACUUCGGCGGCACCGGUCCCCGCGUGCCUUCUUCGGGCGGCGGCUACUCCCGUUCGAGGAAUAAUAACGGUUGGUAGUUAGUUUUGGGGGAUUAUGAUAUGGGGAACGCACCGUUUUGCGGAAUACGAACGACACUUGCGAAUUACACGGGACCUGGAUGAAUGGAUGAAUGUUUAAUGAUGGGGGUUGGAAGGGAUAUCCAUUUGGCAGGUUAUUCUUUGAGUAACGAUACGUUCUUCGUUCAGGACAUGAGAAAUGACUAAGGAAGCUCUUUACAGAGAAUGAAUAAACAUCAUGCCAAAAU